UCCAGAUGUUUCUGCUAAUGCUGCUCCUCUUCAUGCUUCUAGUCCCGCUUCUGGUUCUAGUUGCUCACGUCUACUGGACUCCAGUACCUGUUGGCAUCAAGGAGUCUUGGAAGCUGAGGCUGCUACAACUUCUCUGCUUUCUCGUUUUCAGCGGGGCCUUCCUGUUGGAGCGUGUGGGUGUGGGCCACAGCAUCACGUUGGUUGGAUGGUAUUCCAGGAGCGUGGAGGGCAUCAUGAAAAACUUGACAUGCAGGCAGGACAAGAAGGCCUUGAUGAGGGUCCGGGAUGUGAUGUUCGAUGGCGUCCCCGUGCGUGUUUAUGAGCCGGGCGCGGAGGGUGGUUUGAGGAGAGGCCUGUUGUAUUUGCAUGGAGGAGGCUGGGCUUUGGGCAGCGCCAAAGAAGGUUCCUACCAUGAAAACAACAGGAUGACGGCUGAGAAGCUUAAUGCAGUUUUGGUCUCAGUGGAGUACCGUCUUUAUCCAGAGGCACAAUUUCCUACGCAAUAUCUGGACUGCCUCGCUGCCGCCAAGCACUUCCUGUCCCCAGAGGUGCUGGCAAAGUACGGCGUGGACCCGUGUCGUGUGGGCGUGUCCGGUGAUAGCGCGGGGGGCAACCUGGCAGCAGCAGUUGCUCAAGAGAUUUCAAACGAUGACAACAUGAGCGUGAAGUUCUGCGUGCAGGCCUUGGUAUACCCGGCACUCCAAGCUGUGGACUUCAACACGCCAUCCUAUCGGCAGAACCAAGACAUGGUGCUGCUCUCCAGGUCGCUGAUGGUGGACUUCUGGCUGCAGUACCUCGGCCUGGACCGCUCAUUAAAGGACUACUUUCUGUCCAACCGCUACCAGUCCGCCAUCUUGCCGCAGCUCAGGGUGUGCGUCGACUGGACAGCCCUCCUGCCGCCAAAGUACAAGGACGGCUACGAGGUCGUUUCAUGGCACGGCCAAACACCGCACGAGAGGCGGGAGGCGUUAGUUCUGCAGAAUGUGCGUGCGGCGCCCCUGCUGGCGAGCUCGGAGGUGCUGGCCAGGUGCCCUCGUUCGUACGUGGUGACUUGCGAGUACGACGUGCUGAGAGACGACGGGCUCAUGUACGUGCGCCGCUUAAAGGAUGCCGGCGUGGCGGUCACCAGCGAGCAUUACAAGGACGGCUUUCACGGCUGCUUUAGCCUCACCUUGUUUCCGUUCCGCUUUGACGUCGGAGCGAAGAUGCUCCGACGUUACAUUUGUUGGAUCGAUGACAACUUGUAGAUAAAUGUAAGACAUGAAUAUUAGACUGUAACUACAAAACCCAAAACCAGUAAAGUUGGCACGUUGUGUAAAUGGUAAAUAAAAACAGAAUACAAUGAUUUUAAAAUCUUUUUCAACUUAUAUUCAAUUGAAUAGACUGCUAAGACAAGAUAUUUUAUGUUCGAACUGAGAAACUUUAUUUUUUUUUGGGAAAUAAUCAUUAACUUAGAAUUUAAUGGCAGAAAUACAUUAGCAAAAACAUUUUCACAGGGGCAUUUUUACCACUAUAUAGCCUUUCCUUUAAACAACACUCAGUAAAUGUUUGGGAACUGAGGAGACUAAUUUUUUAAGUGGAAUUAUUUCCCAUUCUUGCUUGAUGUCCAGGCAGCGAGUACUUGUCUCUGGCGCCCUGUCUGCGAGAGGCAAUGAUGAGAGGUAUUGCAGAUUAGUCUGGCUAGUUUUUGUAGGGAACAGGGACUAAUAUUUAUUGAUAAUCGACUCUCUUUCUAGGGCAAAACGGGCUUGCUGAGGGACAGCCUUCCCCCUAGCCGGGAAGAUGCAAUCACUCUAUAUAGAAACAUAGAUCACUAUUUGAGUCACACAUGACUAACUGCACUAAAACACGCUCAAACACAGGCAAUUAAAGUGUCUGGUAGUCCGGGUGAGGAGUCAUUUAAGAUAGAACUAACCAGCGCCAGGCUGGAAAAUUCCUGCACACAUAGCAUUUCUCCUUUAAUAAAACGCAAUUCGCAUAAUGUUUUUUUUGUAGUGACUGUGCCAGCAGUGAACAUACAUUCUACAAAGGUGGCAAAUUAUGACGCAUUAAAUCUAUCGCAGUACCAAGCAAACAAUCUGAAGAUCCCCAUCAUAUCAAUUCCUCGAUGUGAUCAAAAUUAUUUAAGGUGCACUACACGAAAUAAAGGUAACGAUAAUAAUAUCACUACUAGAGAUAACAUUAACACAAAAAAACCCCUGUAAUAUGGGCUUUUUAAACAUUAGAUCAUUGUCUCUCAAAACGUUAUUAUUUAAUGAGGUCAUAAGAGACAACAACACCUUGGACAAGUCGCCACCUCAUCGCAGGGCCAACACAGCUGGACAGACAACAUUUACACUCACAUUUUACACACUAGGGCCAAUUUAGUGUUGCCAAUCAACCUAUCCCCAGGUGCAUGUCUUUGGAAGUGGGAGGAAGCCGGGUUACCCGGAGGGAAGCCACACAUUCACGGGGAGGACAUGCAAACGCCACACAGAAAGAUCCUGAGCCCGACAAUGAACCUAGGACUACUCAGGACCUUCGUAUUGUGAGGCACACGCACUUACCCCUCUGCC